AUGACUGGACGUGCUCAUCACACAAAUGAAUGUCUCCAGCGGGACUCGAAUCCGCGCCCGCUAGCACAGCAAUUAGGGUCACUACAAACUGUGCAAAGCUGCAACGUGGCUCCAAAUGCAAGACAAAAUAAGAAAACUAAAAAAAAUAAUUCACAGAAACGUAGAGAGCAAGUAAAACACGCCAUGAGGCGACACCGACAGAAGUUAUCAGAAGAACAACUGGAACAAAGGCGAAAAAAAGACAGAGAACGAUACAACCGAAAAAAAGAACAGGGAUUGAUAAGUAACAUCAAUGAAUUAAUACCUCGAGCUCAAAAAAUAAUAAUACAGCAGUGGAAAGAAAGACCGAAAAAAUAUCGUGAUAAGAAAAAAGCAAUGGAACAAAUUCGUCAACAAACUGAGGAUUUUGUUGAAAAUGACACUCUUCCAGAUAGCCCUACAUCUUCUAGUUCUAGAUCAAGAGCAGAGUCUGGUUGGAAGAAAAGAACAAAAGACGUU